AUGCCCUACCAGCCAGCGAUAAGUAGAUUCUUCAAGUCCAACUCGAAAUCUACGUCGUCUUCAAACGGCUCCAAAGGCGCUCAAGAUGCUGAAAUCUCAAAUGACAAACAUAAAAUCGACGAAUCGAAGCAGAGCGAUAUUGAUCCUACAACACCACCUGCUUAUAGACCAGAGGUUAGUAUAAAUUUGAUGGCCAGCAGGUCGGCCCUUGGUGAAUUUUCUUUUUUACGUCGUAAAAAUUCCAAUGACACAUCUCAAAAUGGGCCCUUACAAGCUCGCGACUCCGAUGCGUUUUCCCAAAAAGUCUCAAAUGCUCUAUUGAAAAGAUCCGUAGGCGCCAUUGAACUCCCAGGUGAGUCCGAAAGUGCAGACGGUGGCUCACAUACCCCGCCACCAGACAAAAAACUCAAAUCUGGUAAAUUAACACCGUUGGACCAACAGGUAAAGGACCUUAAAUUGCAGCAUAUGGACAAAAUACUUGCCGUCAGAGUCGGCUACAAGUACAAAUUUUUUGCCAUGGACGCCGUUGUUGUCAGUAAGAUUCUCCAGAUCAUGUUGAUUAAAGGCAAAUUGACAUUAGACGAUUCACAAUCACAAGAUUGCCAUUACAAACAGCUGGCCUAUUGCAGUAUCCCAGAUAAUAGGCUUCAAAUUCAUUUACAGAGACUAUUGCAUCACAACUUAAAAGUUGGCGUGGUCGAGCAGGUCGAAACUCAGGCAAUAAAAAAAGUGACUGGAAGCUCUAGUGGCGUUUUCAAACGGCAGGUGGAUAGGGUAUUUACCAAAGCUACCUUUGCUAUCAAUGAAACGUUCAGUCGUACGGAAAUAGAUCACAAGGAAGACCACAACACUAUUUGGACAUUACGUAUAGAUGAAGACAAUCGAUAUAGCCAUUUCUGGCUACUCUCUGUUCAACUAACUAGCGGAGAAGUAAUUUUCGACAGCUUCAGUGACAUGCGGAAUUCUACGAUCGAACUCGAUAAGAGAGUGUCUUAUCUCAAACCCGUUGAAAUCAUAUCAUCCAAAAAACUACCAGAAUCGACAACGCGCUUUCUGAAAUCUCGGCAACCUGAAGUCCAGAUAUUUGACAAUGACAGCUUGAUCCCUGAAGAUCAAGACGCUGAAGAUAUGAGCAAAUUUGAAUUAGCACCAGGGAUUUUAGAAUUGAGAUCUUUGAUGCGAAGGUACCUCGAGACUUAUAAUACUGAAAAGAUUGUAGACCUCCCACACAAUUAUAAACCAUUUACGUCAAAGAUUCAUAUGGUACUUUCUCCAAACACUUUGGAAAGUCUUGAAAUUUUCGAGAACCAAACCGACCAAACCAGACGUGGGUCACUAUUGUGGCUACUCGAUCAUACCAGAACACCGUACGGCUACAGGCUGAUGCGGGAUUGGAUCUCAAAGCCACUCAUUGAUAGAAGCAGUAUUAACAGAAGGUUGGAUGCUAUCGAGUGUGUCAAGGAAGAAAUCACCAAUAUUUUCAUGGAGGGCCUAGGUAAUGUACUAAAAGACACUCCUGACCUUUUGAGAAAUUUGAACAGAAUAUCUUAUGGACAGACUUCAAGAAAGGAGCUGUACUUCUUUUUGAAACACUUGGACAUCGUUGCCAAGCAUUUUCAAAGUCACCAUUUUUAUUUCCAAGAGCAAGUGAUUGCGCCCAGCGGCAGAGUUCAUGAAAAGUCUGAAUUGCUAGCUGCAUUGUUAACUCAGCUUAACGACGCACUACAGACUUUAGAUGUCACUAACCUUCUAACCAUGAUAAAUGUCGGCGCAGUAUUAGAUAAGGACAAGGAAAAACAAUGCGUUGAGUUUUUCAAUCUCAGCAAAUAUGAUCGUCCCGAGCCCAUAGUUGCGAAGUUAAAUGAUAUUGAGAAUGUCAAGCAGGCUUUAAAGAAUGAGUUGGAUAAUAUAAGGCGACUUUUAAAAAGGCCUCGAUUUUUUUUCAAGGAUGAGAUUGAGUAUUUGAUUGAAGUUCGGAAUACUCAGCUUGCAGGUCUGCCGAAAGAUUGGAUAAAGGCCAACAGCACUAAAACACUUAGCAGGUUCAGAACACCUGAAACGAGCAAACUUGUGGAACAGCUUGAGUACCAUAAAAAUGUUUUAACGAUUAUUUGCGAAGAGCAUUUCAAAGAAUUCGGUCGUCGCAUCAGCCUCGAGUACCAUUUACUCCGAAAGCUUAUAGGUAAUCUUGCGAUAUUCGAUUGCUUAUUAUCCCUUGCUGCCACUUCCUUCAACCGAAAUUACGUGCGGCCUAAGCUAUUGGAUGACAGGCGGCAUAUAAAGAUCAGAAAUGGCAGAAAUCCAAUCAUUGAGUCAUUGGAUGUCAACUAUGUUGCAAAUGACGUCUAUAUGAAAGAAGACGAAAACAAACUUAUGAUAAUUACAGGCCCCAACAUGGGAGGUAAGUCCUCAUACAUACGUCAAGUGGCACUAAUCAGCAUUCUAGCACAAAUUGGCUCAUUUGUUCCCGCAGACAGCGCGGAGUUACCCUUGUUUGAGAGCAUAUUCACUCGUAUUGGUGCUCAUGACAAUCUCAUUAAAGGUGACUCUACUUUCAAGGUCGAAAUGCUGGAGAUGCUAGACAUUAUAAAGAACUCUGGAGAGAACUCUCUACUUCUAUUAGAUGAGGUGGGAAGAGGAACUGGUACGACAGACGGAAUCAGUAUAUCAUUUUCGAUCAUCAAGCAUUUCCUUGGAUUAGUAGAUAAGUGUCCUUUCAUCCUCUUCAUCACUCACUAUCCAGUUUUGGGGUCUAUCCAUUCACCUUUACUCGAUAACUACCAUAUGGCCUAUAUCGAAGAAAAACGUCAGGGGGAAAACUGGCCGACUGUUGUUUUCCUUUAUAAGCUGAAAAAAGGCUUGGCCAGCGAUUCUUAUGGUCUUAAUGUUGCCAGGCUUUCUAGAAUACCUACCGAUGUUAUCAACAAAGCGUACGCGGUUUCUCAGCGAUUGAAGGCUGAAAUGGAAAGUGAAGAGUCUCUGCAUUUUACAAGCGUACUCAAAUGUGUCCUCACGGCAAAAACUCUCUCACACCAACAAAAAUUGUCAAGACUGCUUGACAUGGAUGAAGCAACCUCUUUUUCCUAA